ACAACCCCGACUUCUGACAAAUAACCAAUCUGUAACUAGUGCUAACAGGCACAAACCUCAACUCCAUACUCAAAUGUGGCCCUGAAGGUCAGUGUAAACACAGUUGUUGCAGUGAACCAGUGGCUUUGCUCUUCUUCUCCGCUUCAUAUAUUUGGUAUAGCUUGAAAAACUGCUCACGGGUUUGUUGUGAUUACAAGCUUGAUCACCAUUAUAAUUCCCUCGGGGUAGAGACCUCUCAUAACUCCUUGUUUGUAAAACACCACAUUAGACAGGCGGUGCAACCUGUGGGUGUGGUAAUGAUUACAUCUUGAUCAACCCCAAAAUACCUUGCAACACCAACCUCCUAUGGCUGGGUCGAGACCAACAAGGGGGUCAUGUCCUGACUGAGAUUGAUAGUUGUUUAUUUUUGUUCUUAUAAGUAAUAAUCAUUAGAUGUUGAUCCACAUUGCAACAUCACACUCUGACCUGAGGGUGGUGGUGGUGUUAUUUGGAUGUCACAAAAUCUUAAGUGGCUAAAUUGCAACCCACACCAAAGGGGGUUAAAGAAGUGAUCCAAAACAUGUUUACUAAUAAGUCUCAUUAAAUUCAACAAGACUUGAUCUCCGAAAACGUGCAUAGGAUUGCAAACCUUAACUAAGUUAACUAAGUUUCCACCAUAAAAAAUCUGCUAGUCAUCAAGUCUGGAACUCCCUUUUUAGAUUUUACCAGGGUUAGAAUGCAGCAUAAUUGUUGAAACAAACAAACAAACAAAAAUUCCUUCCAGUAGCACCCUAGAGACCAACGAAGUUUGUCAUUGGUAUGACCUUUCGUGUGCAUACACACUUCUUCAGAUGUUUGCAGCGUUGCAGGUUAAAACCGGAAAGGCUAUAAAGAUGGACGAGACUAUUUUGCGCAGGAAAUGCAUUUUACAAGCUUAUCCGGCGCUCGGAAACAAGCCCCCACCAUUGCAUUCAAUGCGACUUUCCGGCUUCAGGUAAGCACGUGCGGCACCCAAAGCCUCGCACUGAACCAAAGCAGGAGAUUCAGGCUGAGCAGGAAACAUGAAAUCAACCCCGCGUUACACUUUAGCGCGCGCGCAGUAAGCAAACGCGCAAUCCCCGCCCGGCCAGCAAGAGGAGGCCCCUCCCCCUAACAACCGAACAGCCAAUCAGAGGUAAGAAUCUGUUACUAAGGUGUAGCGUCCUCGAGGGAUAUGGAAACAUGGCGGCCUCCAGGCCUGGAUCCUACUGUGGGGAGGUGAAAGAGCUGCGUCGGGACGGUUAUGGACUUUAUGUUUACCCUAACUCUUUCUUCCAGUAUGAAGGAGAGUGGAAGCAAGGGAGAAAACACGGUCACGGGAAAUUGCUGUUUAAAGAUGGAAGUUAUUAUGAAGGCGAGUUUGUAGAUGGGGAAAUUAAGGGCAACGGACUCAGAUACUGGGCGUCUACAGGGAAUACUUAUUCUGGCCAGUUCCUCUUUGGAGAGCUGCACGGGCAUGGAGUCAUUCACUAUGCAGAUGGUGGAAAAUAUGAAGGGGAGUUCUCCUAUGGAAUGCGAGAAGGCCAUGGGUUACUGACUGACAAGGAUGGACAAAUAUAUCAAGGAAGCUUCCAUAGCAACAAAAAACAUGGAGGAGGGAAAAUGAUCUUCAAAAAUGGGGAUAAAUUUGAAGGAGACUGGAUCCUGGACCAGAGACAAGGUCACGGAAUGCUUCACUGUGCCAAUGGAACUGUAUAUGAGGGACAGUGGAGAAAUGACACAUUCAACGGACAGGGCUCUAUAAUCCAUUGUUCAGGUGUCAUCUAUGAUGGACUGUGGCUCAAUGGCUACCCUGUUGGACAAGCAAAGAAGAUUGUGAUUAUGGGACCAGAGGUUACUGAGAUAGUGCAAGGGUCUUCCCAUACAUUUCAAGUCCAGCUGGAAAACGAGAAAGGAGAGAUUUGUGAAAGUGAGAGUGGUCGACUGCUGGAGAUCAGUGCUGGUAUCCAAGCAGGCCAGUUUUCUGAAAGUUUAAAAACCAAUUCAUAUGAGUUCCUUGAGCAAACUGGGAGGCAGCCAAUCAAAAGCUCUUUUGGAUUUGAGUAUAUUCAGUAUCCUUUGAUGGCUGUCACGUCUGGAAGCCAGAAGCCGCAAGCUGCCCUGCCUGCUGUUGGUGAAAAUCAACUUGCCCUGCUUGAACUGCUAAUACUCCCAAGUGCCUUAGAACCAGAAUCUGGAUCAAAACCCCUGGGUGGUGCAGGAGAUGCCCUUAGCAACCGCUAUGAAAAUGAAAGUGGCUGUUUCCAAAGAGUUGAGCGCGGCCGUGCCAUUUUCAGUAGCAUCACCCUUGCACCUCUUCCAGGAGAUCCUCGACCUGCUGUGCAGUCAGAUGAGCCAAACGAAAAAGGGGGCAAAAAGGCAAGUGUCAAGACCAUUGCAGAGAAAAUGACUGCUUUCCAGGAGACGGUUGGAGAUAGCAGCUCCUGCUUUAUGUUUUCUCGAUUGCAGGUUUGGUUGGGACUUUCUGUUUCUUCUUGUGUCUCUCAAAACAGAAGCAACUACAGCAACAUGAAAAUGUAUUGUUUAAAGCAUCUUUAUUGUCCCCUUCCUCUGUGCACUUCAGGAUGUGGUCUCCCUUUUACCCUUAAAAUAACCCUGCAAAAUAGUUAGGCAGAGAGUGAGAGAGCGCACCAAAGCAUCACCUACUAAGCUUUGUGGCUUGAACCCAGGAAUCUGCACUCUAAAUCUAACCACUGGACCACACUCAAAACUUUGUUUUACUACUUCUUUCUGAUACUGCUGCAGUAGCAUUCCCUUCUGUUUCAGCUGCAGAAAAUAUGGUAUAUCAGUGCAGUUAAUUACUGUCAGAAGCACAAGCAACUUCCUAAGAUUAUGAGACACGUAUUGCUGAUAAGACCAGUUCAACAGUGGCACCAAUUACGUUGCUGGGGACUGAGGUCUUCAAGCAAAGUCUGGGCUGCAUCAAGCAAAGAGCCAGACUAUAUUAUUCUUCCUCAACUUGGUGCCCUAUAGAUAUUUUGAACUAGAAUGGCUACCAUCCUUGACCAUUGGCCAUGCUGGCUGGGAUUGAUGGGAGUUUGGGUCCAAAAUGUGGAGGAUAUGGGGUUGGGGAAUGUCUGACUAUAUGUCCUAAAAGGUUUCCCCCAACUCUUUGGUUAACAUAGUCCAACAUUCCCCAAACCCAUAUCCUCCAUGACUCUGGAAGGGCCUAAUGAGCUGCUUGCCAUGUGUGUUUGUGGAAAUUUUCUAUCUUUUUACUAUCCAGCCAUCUCUCUGCAACAGUCCUUCACCACCCAAUUUAAGAUCCUUUGUUUGCAUGUUAAAUAGAAAGCUCAGCUUUCAGAUGUGAGGUGUAACCUCAAACUUCCCAUAGCUUUUUACACAGCCUUAGCCCCAUGUGCUGAAAUUUGCUGCACUGUGUGGCUGGAACAUGGAUCAAGUGUGUGGGAGGGGUUGAAAAAUGUAGAGAUGAAAAAACUGAUCAAGCUUAAAGUGUGGCUUUUAACAAACAAGGGGCACUUCAGAUCACAGUGAUUGGCAGUAGAGAAAUUAAUUCCUGGAGCGGGGACACACGCACAUCACGUUUAUGCCCACUGUGGUAAAUACCUCUAUGCACCUACUGAAAUUCCAAGAAUCUUGAAAAAGUGAUCGCAGCUCAAGAACACCAUCUCCCCCCCCCCCCGCCCCCAAAUACCAAAAUAGUAGCUUUGUUGGUUGUGGCUAAAAAGGAAGCCAGUGCCAUGAAAGAAAUGGAAACUAAGAUUUUGCAGCUUGAAUUACAUCUUAUAGAAGUCGGCCAGCAGCAUUAUUUCAGACAUCCCAGAGGUUUCUAAUUCCCACUAACAGAGAGGGUCCUCUGGAGUACUUGAGGACCCACUGUGACCAGCUGGCUACACACUCUGAUGAUAAAGUUGCUCAACUUUGGAGUGACCUUGACUCCACAGUUUUUGUAGUUUCAGAUGUACCCAGUGCCAGAGUUGGUGAUGUGUUGUGGGAUCAGUUUUAACUUUUGCAGUCAGCUGAUGUGGACAAGGUGCUGCAUGUAUAGUCUGGUGUUUCCCCCCAGAUUUAGAUUUGUCCUACUGAAGGCCCAGGUAGACACUCUGGCAAGAAGCGCCUUUUACCAACUGCACCUGCUACAACAGCUAUGGCCAUUCCUGGGCAGGGAGAGCUUGACCACAGUAGUUCAUGCAUUGGUGCCUUAAAUAUUAGAUCACAGCCAUAUGUUUUACAUGAGGCUUCCCUUCCAUUUGAUCCAGAAGCUGCAGUUAGUGUAUAAUGCUGCAGCACAACUACUGACAGGAAUGAGACCUUGUCAGCAUAUAGACCCUCUACUUAGAGAUCUGCACUGGUUGCUGAUUUGCUACUGGGCCAAGUUUAAGUUGUUAAUAUUAGUAUAUAAAGGCAUCAAUUGCUUGGAGCCAGUUUACUUGUGGGAUUGCCUUUCUUCCUAUGUGCCCACUCAACGGCUUUGAUCUGUGGAACUUGCACUGUUACAAGUGCCACACAAUAUUCAUUAUGCACUUGUAAGAAAUGUAUAUUUUACAUAGGCAGCCCCUAUAUUUCGGAACUACCUACAUAUUGACAUCAGGCAAAUGCCUCACUGUAGUCUUUCUGGCAACUGUUUAUAACAUUUUUGUUUAGGUAAGCCUAGCCAGGCACAUAGAAAUUGAUGUGUUUUCAUCUUUCUUAGUUUACAGCUGAUUUUAAUUGCUUUAAAAAAUAUUACAUGUUUUGAAUUGAUCAUUUUAAAACUUCUUGUAAGCCACUUAGAGGUAUUGUUUCAGUCAAGUGGUAUAUAAAUUUUGUUACAUAAAUAAGAUUUUCUAGCCACGACAUUAUUUGUCACAGUCAGGUUAUCAUGUAGGGAUGCUCUAGAAAUUUGUUCUUUGUAAAUUUUUAUAAUUGCACUGAACUGAUACACACAUCCCAAUCUAAUCUGUGAAUCAGAAUGCAGUUCUCCAGAUUUCACCUCUGAAUUUUGCAAUGCUGUUCUCAAAUUUGUUUUAAAAAAAGAACCCAAAAUGCAUAUAAAAAUGUGCACUUUAGGAUAAAUUACAUUUGAAAAUGCAUGCUUUGAGAGUACAUUUAAAAAUGGGUACUUUGUUUUGUUUUUUAAAAAGUUCAAUAAUAUUUAAAAUACCAAAUUUUGUGUGGCACUCAGCAGGAGGGAGGAUGGAGACAAAACUAAUAUUAGCUGUUAUCAUUUCUGUCUUUGUCUGUCAUUGGUUGUGGCUCCACCUCCUGUUUGCCUCCUUGUAUUCUGCAAUACCAGUCUCAAUGGGCAUCAGCUCCCAGUGGACUACAUCGGUUCUAUGGCCACAUCAAGUCCACCAGUCAUCUCUAAACAUCUUGCCAAGCCUUGUCAAGUUGUUGCUGAAGGGAUCAACAUAUUUUUUCUAAUAUCCUACUUCAGACCGCAAACAGGGACUCACAUGACUGAAUGCUUUGACAUAAACAAGCAAAAAGCUUAGGCUUGAACCAUUCACUCUGAUAUACUUCUUAUCUAGGUGGAGGGAAGUUUUCUAUGGAGAAGCAUUCUGUCAUGCAUUGCCAGGGGUUUGAACUAGAUGAUCCUUGUGGUCCCUUCCAACUCUAAAAUUCUAUGAUUCUAUGUGUUUCCCUGUAUGCAGUUUGGUAGACACUGGUGCAGUAGGCCUUAACUUUGAGGCAGCUAGGCUGGAGCUGACUCCUCUAAACUUUCAAGAAACACUGUUGUACACUGCUCCUAAGCCUUUGACAGGGUUAAGAACUUAGUAAGCUGCCUUACAAUGAGUCUGAUCAUUGGUUCUUCUAGUUUUAUAUACAGUAUGUUAAAGGUAAUGUAAGUUGAGUGGUGAAUGUGCGCAACAACAGAAGAGGGAAUUGGGGACACUUUCCAGCCAAUAUGCAUGCUCUCCAACAGGCCUUGGGGAAUGUGCACAUCUCAAUGGCACUUUAUAAUAAUAAUAGAAUAAUAAUUUAUUAUUUAUUAUUUAUUUUUUAUUUAUUAAUUUAUACCCCGCCCAUCUGGCUGGGCCUCCCCUUCCACUCUGGGCGGCUUCCAACAAACAUUAAAAUACAUCAAAUAUCACAGAUUAAAAACUUCCCUAAACAGGGCUGCCUUUAGAUAUUUUCUAAAUGUCAGGUAGUUGUUAAUCUCUCUGACCUCUGAUAGGAGGGUGUUCCACAGGGCGGGUGCCACUACCAAGAAGGCCCUCUGCCUGGUUCCCUGUAGCUUUGCUUCUCGCAGUGAGGGAACUGCCAGAAGGCCCUCGGCGCUGGACCUCAGUGUCCGGGCAGAACAAUGGGGGUGGAGACGCUCUUCAGGUAUACUGGACCGAGGCCGUUUAGGGCUUUAAAGGUCAGCACCAACACUUUGAAUUGUGCUUGGAAACAUACUGGGAGCCAAAGUAGGUCUUUCAAGGCCGGUGUUAUGUGGUCUCGGCGGCCACUCCCAAUCACCAGUCUAGCUGCUGCAUUCUGGAUUAGUUGAAGUUUCCGAGUCACCUUCAAAGGUAGCCCCACGUAGAGCACAUUGCAGUAGUCCAAGCGAGAGAUAACCAGAGCAUGCACCACUCUGGCGAGGCAGUCCACAGGCAGGUAGGGUCUCAGCCUGCGUACCAGAUGGAGGAAUGUGCAUGACUCCCUCUUCAUGAUCAGAUUACCGUAUCUGCAUAUUCUCCAUGAAGCCUGGUAAAUGUGCACAGGGGGCAGCUGUUAUGCAUAUUAACUGUCAACUUACAUUGCACCUAAGAUAUACAGUGACAAGCAGCAGCUCUGCAGGUUUUCAGAGGGAUGCCAAGAUUGAAUGUGGGACUUUGUUCAUGCAAAAAUAGCUCCUUUACGACUGAUCUAUGGUUCUUCCGAAAGGGUUAAAACUGUGCCAUUUUCUUGUGCUGAAAGAAAUCCCCUCCCCCAUAUAUCUUACCUCCAGAAUAAACCCAAAAUAUGAAGAAUCAGCUCACAGAUCUACAGAAACAUAAGCAAAUAUUAGAGUAAUUGCAAUUUUUUGGUUCAGAGUAGGACAACAGCAGAACGAUUAGUCAUUACAGUUCACUUCACAAGAAGAAUGAAUGGCUGAUGCAGCUACAAUUAUAUUCCCUGCUCAGUGUGCGCACAAAAGGAAACUCACCAGGAAGAUCUCAUUAGUAUCUCUUUAGCAGACACUACUUCUGUAGUAGCAGAAGUGAAUGAAGAAGCCUCAUUUUGGAGCAGGUGUCCAACUGGCUUUCCCUCUGUCUGUAAGGUGUAUCACAGGUACUUGGAGCUCUUGGUUUGCUUAAUUAGAAGAGACAAAGUAGUAAUUUCCGUGAUUUGUUUUACAGCAGUCUUACAUCUGAAGGAUCUCUGCUAUUUAUCACAUCUAGCACAUUUUCUCUCUGUAAGGUUACCUGCAUUCAUCAUCUCAACAGCCCCAUUAAGAAGAUAAUCAUCAUUUCCAUUUGAGGAAAGAUGGGCCAUUAUGUUGCACAGCAUCCAUGGGCACCCACCUCAAUGGGAAUUGCACUGUUGGUUUCUUUAGCUUUCAAACAGUUGGAGGAGUAUUAUAGGCUGCAUUUUCACAGACUGGUGCUAUGUAUUGAUUUCACUUGCAGCAGGGGAUGGGGAACCUUUUACAGCCACUGGUGGGCAGGACCCUAAUGGAAAAGUGGGUGGAGCAGUGAGUGCAAAUUUUGCCAUCAUGCAGAAGGCUAGUUUCUAAACACAGUCACACACCCCUUUCUAUCCUCCAUCCAGGCAAGCAAGAAGCAGUAUCAGACUUCAAGGACACUUUCCAGCCAGACUAAAAUAAGCAAGGCAGAGUCAAUGAGGGGUGUAGCCUGGGAACAUUCUAAGGACCAGAUAGAGUGGCCUGGAGAGCUGCAUAUGCUCCCCCCUCCAGACAUUACGUUGGGGCACCCACUAGAACUCUAGGUUAACCCUAUACUUACCAAAUAUGCUGACAGUUAAAAUUAAAAUAAAAAGUAUUCCUAUUUUAUAUACAAUCAGUCCAGGACAGUAAAAUCCAAUUCCUUUGUGACUGACAUAGGGGUACCUCUUUGACGUGCUGUACCCUAUGAAUGUCUUGGACUGAACAUGACUGAAUGCCAUCUUGUAGUAGACCAUACUAUUCUGGAUGUAUGAGUUAUUUUGGGGUGCCUAUUCCUAGGUCUUUAUUUGCUAUCAUCAGGUGUCGUCACACAUUCCUGAGAAUCUCCAUUGACUGGAGAAAAGAAUUGCAUACCUUGAAAGGUAUGGUAAUAUAGUAUAGGGUUUUCAAAAGCUUACUUGGGAGUUUGGGGACAUAUAAACCUUAGUUCUUAAAAAAUGUUUUGAUUGAGCUGCAUUUUGAACUUUUUUCAAAUAAGAAACUAUUAAUCAACUUCAGUAUUGUGUGAAAUUCACACUUCUAGACCCCCACAAAAGGAACAGCAACAUUUUAUGUGUAGUACUCUCCUGAGUUCUUUACAGUAUGGCUGUGGAAUGUCUUCUAGAGAGGUGUUUGGAAACAGAAAAAGGAAAAAAAAUGGGGGGGAAACACCACCAGUAUCCUAAGAAGCAGAGCUGCCAAAAUACUUCAGUUUUGCAUAAACUAUUGUCCUUCUUCCCAAUAUUAUUAAUGAACCAUGAGGAUUCAGGCAAAAUGUAGGGCUGCAAAUGUGCUUAGUUGAGAUAAUACUCAACAGACGGAGGAGGGGCACAGAGAAGGAACAUAGUGGAGAGAGUGAAAGAAUCCAUCAGCCCUAUACAGUAACAGAGGGGAAGGAAUCAGGUUGCAAUGGAAUGUGGUUUGGAAGAUAAAAAUCAUUGGAAGAGCUGUCACCUACUUAAAAAACCUACAUGUAGAUUAGCUAGGCAAUGCAAUGUGCCAAUGGAAGCAUCUGUCACCAUAUAAAAUGGAUCAGGAAUACAAAAUACUUUUUUAAAAGCACACCCACAUUUGGAGAGAUAAAUGAGGAGUCAAUAAAUAAAUGAGAAGGGGAGAAAUGUAAAUAAUAGCAUAAGUGCUAUCUAAAAAUCAAAAGAAGGAAUGUAGAAUAUCAGGAAGUUUAGACAGGCUCCAGCCAACCUUCUUUCUAUCAAUAUUUCUUUUUCUUUUUCUUCCCUUGACGUGCUUCAGGGCACAUCAAGAUUGCAUAGGCUUGCGUGCUUCCAGUCUUCAGGUCAAAGAGCAUUCUUAAGCAUCCACCGUUACAGACUACCAUUUAGAAACAUCAUUUUAUGUUGCUUGAAGUCCCUGAUCAUUCAGAUGUAUGUCAACUGACUACUUUUGAUUUCACAAACCUGCCAACUCAUCAGCAUCUCAUUUCUAACAAUUGUAAAAUGAAAAGUUAUGCUACUGUAGGCUGCUUGCUUUGGGGCCAUCUGCAGCCAUAGCUGAAUCCCGAUCUGGAGGCUGCAUUCCUUGGAAAUAAAAUUCUAUUGAUUAGACAGUGGGUGAAGAUCAGGCUCCACACCUGGCCAACCCAGAGGCUUCAUUGUGCCUGCCAGUCACAGCAGCUGAUGCUGUGUAAGAACAUAAGAAGAACCAUGCUGGAUCAGGCCAAAGGCCCAUUUAGUUCAGCAUCCUAAUCUCUCAGUGGACAACCAGGAGCCCCAAUGGGAAUACCAACAAGCCAGACAUGAAUGCAGCAGCACUCUCCUUACUUAUGAUUCUCUAUCCACCGGUAUUCAGAGGCCUCCAACAAUGCAGGGAGAACAUAGCCAUUGUGGCCAGCAGCCAUUAAUGGCCUCACCUUCCAUGAAUUUGCCCAGUCCUCUUAAAGCUGUCCAAGUUGGUGGCCAUCACUACCUCCUGUGGAAGCAAAUUCCGUUGCUUAACCAUGUGCUUUGUGAAGAAGUAAUUUGGUGUGUCCUGAAUCUUCCCACAUUCAUUGUUGUUGGAUGCUCUGUGGUUUUUCGUAUUAUGAGAGGGAGAAAAACAUUUCCCCGUCCACUUUCUCCACACCAUGUAUGAUAUUUUACAUUUCUAUCAUGUCCCCUCUUACUUGCUUUUUCUCUAAACUAAAAAAGAAGCCCCAAAUGAGCAUAUCUUCAUCUAAAAGGCUGUGGGCCUAGGAGGUGAGGGGACUGGGAGUUGCUAUCCCUCUCCAUUACAUUUGUGUCUGAAAGACUACACACCCUCGGUAUGUUCAUUUGGUUCUCAUUACUUUCCAGCUAAGGAUGGAGUAAGCAGCCUAAUCCUGUCACAUUUCAGUUUUGCUGGAGUUCAGUCACAGGUCUGCCUUGUCCCGUUUUCUGCAGACUUUUUUUGUUUGUUGUACACUGCUCCUAAGCCUUUGUUUGUAAGAAAACACAAAGAAAUAUGCAUUUAGAUUUUACACAUAAAAUACACAUUUAGGGGGGUGUUCAACUAAGUUCUACUCAGAGUAGAAUAGACUUACUUAAGCUAGUCAUGUCCAUUAAUAUUAAUGGGUCUACUUUAAGUAGGAUUAACAUUGAAUGCAGCCCUUAGGACGUAUUUUUAUAUGAGAAAGGUUAUUUAAAUAAUAAUUAUUUAUUUAUUAUUUAUGUAAUAAAGUGCAAGGCUUCCAAGAAGAACAAAGAGAACCAAACAAGAGACAAUUACAACUUAAUUCAUAUAAACAUUCAGUAUGUGCACAAUUACUACGCCCAGCUCAAUAUAUAUAUUGAGAUAUAUAUAAAAAGGUAUAUACAUUUUUAGUCAAAACUUUGUGAGCCCAUAACAUAUAUUGAGAAAUAAUCCUAUUUUUCUACAGUGUUCUAAAAACGCACCAUCUUGAACAAAAACUGUGUUGCCUUUGACUUUGUUCUCUAGAUGUAGCAAAGACGUUGACUUUGCCAUCAAAGCAUAAUCUCAUAUUUUGUUGUCUUGCCAUUCUUUUAAGGGUGUUGUUACCACCUAUUAAAGUCCAACCUUUUUUUAUGUGCCAUAAACGGCAUCCCAAACGCCAGUGAAGUUGGGGUUUGCCUUCCAAUCCACAAGAAAGUUAUUCUGACUGGCUCAGUCCCAUGUGAAAAGCAAACUAAACCCGUUAUUCUUCCAGCCCUAAUUCCAGCCCUGAGUCUCAAAAGAGAAGUGAGAGCAUCUUGCUCACAAGACAAGAGAAUGAGGGCUGCCAUUUCUCUUCGGGGUACCUGCUCUGGCUCUGUGAAGGCAAAAACACAGGCAAGAGCAACAUCACAGGGCUGAGGUAAAAAAAAAAAAGGCGGGAAAACUGAGACCUCAUGGAACCGUUUUAGGGUUUGACUAACAAUUCCUUCGCUGCUCUCUUGAAAUCUGGAUUCUAGUUGCUGCUGGGUCAUUGUUGUUGUUAAUUAGGUAAUUAAUUACCUAAUUUAAAAAGGGCUGUGAAACUCUGGUCGAAGAAGGCCGCAGCCCCUCAUGGCAUUCAAAACGGUGUCUGCUUGUGGUGAAGGGUUGCAGAGUGCCAUGAACUGUGGCCUAACCACGCCAAGGAUGGGCUUCUGCAGCUGAGAAGCUACUAUGUCCCUCUCUGGGGGCAAGGAAAAGGAGGUGAGGAGAGAUGUAGAGCUUUCUGAUCUCCCACUCCAAGCCUGGGAAAGGGGGAAAGCUAUGCACAGGAUACUGCGUCAGAAGAGAGGAAAGACUUGACUCCUCAGGGGUGCUGUUUUUGCUUGGGGUUCAGCUCACCGCCAAACCAUGGCCCCAAGUCCCUGUCUAAAAUGGCACCCCUCUCUCAACAAACAAACAAGCAUCUGAAGCAAAAUUUGAAUUGUUUUGCAGUAGCUCCGGAUGCUAGAACCCAGCCGCCUGUUAAAUCAUUGGGGGCCGGUCUGGGAGCCGAGGGGAAAUGUCACCACUAGGUGUUGUUCUUGCCUAUCAACCGAUAUGAUGCAUUUCCCAGAGGUAAAGACUGUCAUAAGAACGUGGGAAGCUGCCUGAUAAUGAAUCAGACCAUCAGCUCCAUCUUGCUCAGUCCUGCCUACACUGGCUGGCAGCAUCUCUCUAGGAUUUAAGACAGGGAAUCUUUCCAAGCCCUGCCUGGAGGUGCCAGGAACUGAACCCGGCGUAUCCUGCAAGCAAAGUACAUGCUCUGCCAUGGAGCAUGUGUGAGAACAUCCCACUCCAGAACCCCUAAGAAGCAAAAUGUACGGUAAGUUCACAUUUUCCUAUUCCCUUGUGCGUCUGAAGAUGGCACUGCGACCUUUGCAUACACUGGGUUCAAGCCUGAGAGUAGCUGAGGGGAACCUUUUUGGCCUUCUAAAUGUUGCAGAACUACAGCUCCCAUCAGCCCCAGCAAGCAUGGCCAAUUUAUAUUAUUAUUUAUUAAAUUUGUAUGCUGCUCUUCAUCCAAAGAUAAGUGGGCAAAUAACAACAUAAAAACCCUAUCUAUAUCCGUAACAGCAAAGUGAUGGCAGUCAUUCUGUGUUGUUUGUUUCCAGCGCUCGGUAUUCUGACAUUUCCACUGAACUAUCGCAGUUGAUAGAUCUGUAUCCUACAAUGUUUGCCAAAUCCCCAGCUCAGCCUUCUAAGUGCCCAUCGCAAGUGUGGAGUUGACACCAGAGUCUAAAUUUGAUUGUGAGUUUAAUUCAUUUUGAACUGGCAGCUUGAAUGAGAAACCUCUAUAAUCAAUGCUAGUUCAAUGUCUGGACCAAAGUUUAAGGCACAGAGGUCGCCUUGUGCACUUGUAGCUGUCUCUUACAUUGAUCUUCUUCCUUUAUAACCUACAGUAAGCAUGCCGUUUGGCUCAUUUAUUAACCUCACCUACAUAUCAAUCUUCGCCUGAGAUGGCAGUUCUUCCGUUAUCAUCUGGUAGAUUUCAGACAAUGGAAGUGAUUGAAACAGGAACUCCCACAUUCCUAGGAAGAUUAAGAGUGACACAUCACCCUGUAAUUUUGGGAGUUGUGCAAUGGUUGUUCAUUUGCAUCAGAAGGGUAGGUGUGGAUUGUGUUGCAUUGUUCCAUGUUAUAUAUAUAUAUUUAAAAAGAGAAGAAAAAUAACUUCUGAAAUAUCUUCUUUGACUCAUAGAUAUUACAUAUUCCUAAUAAGUUAUGGUGGCAUAAUUUUAGAAGCAAUAAGUUCUUUUCUCCAAACUAAAAUGGAAUGUCAUUGGUAUCUGCAAGGUUAAAGUUAUGAUGCUUUGUUGACUGUAACUGCUGUACAGAAAGGGCCAUGGAGCAUCUGCUUUGCAUGCAGAAAGUGCCAGGUUCAAUUCUCGACAUCUCCAGAUAGAACUGAGAGAAUCCACUACUUGAAACUGAAGAGUUGCUGCCAGUCAGUGUCAGUAAUAUUGGGCUAGAUGGAUGCAGAUUAAAGCAGCUUCUUGUAUUAGCAAAACUGAUUUUCUUUUUAAAGUCUGUGGCUGUUGUCCAGAAGCUCACAUGUGCCUGAUCCACGUGAAUGUGUUUUAUUCUUCCUUUUAGUCUCUUUUCCCCAGCUUCCAAGUAAAAUCCCUCUCCUCCCCAUGCAUAUUGACAUAAGUCACUCUAUAUACCAGGGGUAGCCAACAUGAUACAUUCCAGAUGUUGUGAACUACAACGCCCAUCAUCUCUGACCCUAGGCCACACUGGCUGGGGCUAAUGGCAGUUGGAGUUCAACAACAUCAGGAGGGUACCACAUUGUCCUAUAAGAUGGUAUUAUGGUAUGAAUCCACAUUUCAGGAUUUUCCAUGCUUUUCAAAUCUGAGUUUCCAUUGAAAUAUUGUAAAGUAAGUUCAACACGUCCACAAACCAUAACUCUGGUAUCUACAGUCAGAAUCAAUAAGUGUGUUGGCAGCUGGCUUCCUGUCAGGGUAGGCAAUCAUGACCCCAAGCCUCUUAGGGUUUUCCAUUUUCAAGAAAUCAAAUGUACAGAGAGAGAGAGACAAGCAGAGAGCCUGCAAGCAUAGCUGCAUGCUCUAGCAGGAAUGAGGUUGUAUUGACAGAGUGACAUUCCCAGUGAAUUGAGAUGUAAAAUGCAGUUCCAAAUGGACCAUAUUUAUAUCCUGGCACAAAGCCAUUGCUCGAUUGGUGUUACAGUUUUGUUCUAUGCAGCAUGAGAUACGGCCUCAUGGAAGUCUGUUUCUGGUUGAACAGAUGCACAUGCCUUCUCCUUAAGACAGCCUUCUGAGCCUGAUGCCCUCCAGAUGUUGCUGGACCCUGGAUUCCAGGUCUCAUCAGACUCAGACAGCAGCGCCAAUGGUCAGGGAUGACAGGAGUUAUAGUUCUGGAGGGCACCAGGUUGAGGAUGAUAACAGUAUUUCCUGCAGGGAAUAACCCACCCAUAGGCCCCAUGCUGCAAGGAAUCAUGGUUUACUGAAGGUGGUUUGUUGUUGUUUGCAUGUUCAGUGUGACAUUACAUUACGUGGAAAGUUCCAUCUCUGUUUGGGUAACAGCCCAAUGGGGUCCAUUUGGGUGAUGCUUAUGCCAAACCUUUUACAAUUAUGCUAGAGGUUUUCAACCUUUUUGAGUCAACAGCUUAAAAUGCGCAUGGGACAUGACUUAGCUGAUGAUCUAGAUAAGCCCUGCGAUGUCCCAAUGGGAUAUAUGGAAGAAAGCAGCCUCUUAAGAAUGCAGAGGCCAAUCCAUGUAGUCAUGACUAAGUUUCUUUUGGCAUGGCAACGGCAUUUUCCUAGGCUGCACACACCAUUUGAAAAGCAUGCAUGUUUAAGACACGAGUCACAGCCGAAUGGAAAGUUGGCACAUGCAGUCCCCAAGACAUACCUUUUUUUGCCCCCUCCUUCGAAAUAUAAUUUAGAAAAGAAAAAAAGAUUGCCAUCCUUAUUUUCAUAUAUUGUUUUAAGUAAAUUGAACUCAGCUGUGGCAGCUGAGGGCAUUUGUUGUUUUUCCAUAGCAAAGAUUGCUAAGCAUCAGAGCAAAAUGUGGAGCCAAUAAAAGAAAAAGUCAUCUCAGUGAGUUUCAUGCUGCCAUCUUACUUUACUUUUAAAAAUGUGAUCGCCCCCCCCCCACUCUUUCACACACACAGAGCUCCGCCAUCUGAUUCAGGCGGAGAAAUGCUUUGUGCCGAUGGAAUUUAUGUAAUGUGAUCGAAAACACAACACAAGUUCCCAAAUUAAUUUAUUCUGGCAACUGCUGGCUCUGAUGAAAGUUGAUUUAGUGAGCAUAGGGUGGGAAGGGGAAAAGCCUUGCAGGGCCAGUGUGGUGUAGUGCAGGCUUUUCCAACCUUGGAUCCUAUGGCUGUUUUGGACUGCAACUCUCAUUAGCCCCAGCCAGCACACUCUGAAACAGCCCCAGGGCCCUAGGUUGGAAAAGGCUGGAGUUGCAGAUAAGUUUUCAGGCAAAAACAGUGAGGCCUGUGCUCCUCUAUUCACCACUCAGCCACAAAGCUGUGUUAUGUUGGGCCAGUUGCUGUCUCUUAGCCUAACCUACCUCAUUGGGUUGUUGUAAGGAUAAAAUGCUCUUCUGCCUUGAGCUUCUUGAAGGAAGGGGAGGAUGCAGUUAUGAUAGAUAUCUCUUUGAGUUUUGGAAAUGGAAGUGGGAUGAAAGGAGGCAGGUGCUGGAGUUUUGGGCUGGAACAGCUGCAGCUUAGCAUAGCUGGGACUAUGUGUGCUCGGGCUUCAGCACUGCCCGACUUCCAACACAGAAGGAAAAGGCUGUAGCUCAUUAGCAGAGCAUCCAUUUUGCAUACAAGUUCCCAUGUUCACUCUGCAGCAUCUCCAGGUAGGCAUGGGAGACGCUCUUGCCUGAAGCCCUGGAGAGUUGCUGCCAGUCAAUGUGGACAAAAGUGUGAUAAAAGGACCAAUGUCCUGACUCCAUAUAAGGCAGCUCCCUGUGUUCCUAAAGGAUUGCAUAAUCAGUAUCUGUGUGAACCCGCAACACAAGUUAGCAUUUUGAAGCACUUGCUGAGGCCCACAUCACAGCAGAGCCCCCAAUGUUGACCUCAGAGCAUCCCUGAUCCUGCCUCUACUUGCCUAGAGAGCCACUGUCAGUCAGUGUAGGCAACACCGAGCUAGAUGGAUCAAUAGCCUGACUUUGUAUUACGUAGGCAGGCUCCUAUGUUCCUUGGUCUGGCCCCAGCCCCAAGGAUUGCGGGUACAGCUGUCCACAGUCCCAGGCCAGCUCUUAACAGUGACAGAGGAAAUAUUGUCUCUUCAACAUGCUUAUUCUCAGCAGCCUUUAAUUACCUGUUUUGUCUUGGGGAAAAUGCUGCCACUUGCAGAACCCAGUCGAGCACCAAAGCCUAAUCCAAUCAGCUUGAUGAUGUAUGCAAAAAAGGAAAAAAAAAUCCCUGGAAAAUGACCUUGUGCAUAAUUACUCAUUUGACGACUGUUAGCGAAUGACACAAACGGAAUCCGACACACAUUGUAAGGCAUUAAUGAGUGCUUUCCUCCUCUUUCUCCCCCUCUCCCAUGCUCUUCUUGCACGGGAAAAAAAUGUUUUAAUUAAGACUUCCUUGAUUAGUCAUUUAAUCAGUCAUUAGGCCAAUACAGAUGGAGUCAAUUAUUUUUUUUAACACUUGAAUAGAUACUUGAUGCUACUGCAAAACGAUGCACAUAUUUAUUUAUUUAUUUAUUUUAUGUUAGAUCUUCAGCAAUUGUGUUGCAGUAGAUGUGACAGUAACAAUAUCUGUUCUGGAAAGCGGAGCUCCAAUCUACAGUACUGUUGCUAUCAGUUAUGUGGCUGCAAGUCACCCAAACACAGCUUCACUUCCAAACCCAGGAGUAUUGUUGUUGUUGUUGUUAGUAGUAGUAGUAGUAGUAGUAGUUGUAAUAGAAUAAGGGCUGGAGUCAGGCAUAGGUCAGCAACAAAAACAAUAAAUCACUUGAGGCCAGUGCAGUUAAAUCUUUAUUCGUGGAAACAAACGACAGCUCAGGCCUAGUGGUCUCAGCAACUCUUUCUAGGAGUUGCCCCACUGAAGCAGUUGCAGAGCAUUCUACAAAUAGGGAACUGUCACUGUGAAGGCCCUGUCAUGGGUCAACACCAACCAGGCAGACCACAGUGGUGGCAUCACCAAGGCUCACCUGCUGAUAGUAAGGUCCAAGAAAGGGCUAUUUUCAAUACUUGGGUCCCAGGCCAUUUGGGUAUACAGUGGUACCUCGGUUUACGAACACAAUUGGUUCCGGAAGUCUGUUCAUAAACCGAAGUGUUCAUAAACCGAAGCGAACUUUCCCAUUGAAAGUCAUGGAAAGUGGAUUAAUCCGUUCCUGACUAUGGGAAACGCUGCGCUGCGCUCAUUCAAGGAGGCUGAAAACCGGAGGGGGGGGGUUCCCUUCAGAAGUUCUUACCUCACGGGUAGAAAAGGGCUCCCAGCAGCAGCAGCAACAGCGGCUGCAGAGGAGGAGGCAGGUGGAGACUCCUGAGCCGCUUCAUGGUGGAGACCCCUGCUGCAGCUCCCGCAGCCCCUGCACGACACAGCCUCUCCCCUGCUUGGCAAGCGGCAAGAGGCUUGUUGAGUUGUUUCGCUGCGCGGCGGCGGUGCCCACGGCUCUCCGUCCCUCUCGCUCCGCGGUGCCGGCCGGGCGACCUUCCUCCUUCUCAGAGCGGCCGCCGCCACCACCAGUCACCAGGACUGGCCAGGGUGGCUCGCGGUGCGUCUGGCUCUGGUUGGAGCGUCGGCUGCUUCUCUUGACCCUGUGCCGACG